AUGCGCUUUACAAGGAAAUGUUUUUCUUCAAUUUUUGGCACUGCAAUAUGUAAUAAAUUAGAGCAAUAUAGUCAAUAUAGACCUUCUUCCCUGACUAUUCAACAAUAUCUCGAUUUUGGACUACAUGGGACAGCAAAAACGUCUUUUUCUUUUCUAAAAACAGAGCUUUUGGUUCGUCUCGCCAACAUUAUGAAGGUAAAAAAACUUCUUUCACUCUCAUAUUUGUUCUUAUUUGGGGAGUAUUUCAAUUUUUGGGUAAAAUUUCGGUAUACGACACAGACGCCGAUUAAGUCGAAUGAUAUGUCAUUCGAAAGAGCUCGUCGAGUUGAGUCGAAUGCUGAAAAAAUUUUCGCGCGGACUCAUAGAGGGGCUGAGAUAUAG